AUCACGGAUAGGGGAGAAAACUAGAAUUUUUUUAGAAAUAAUAUUAUUUUAAUAAAAAAAUUAUAAAAAUAGGAGCUGAUCAGCUAAAAUCGCAAGUUUAAUAUCCUGUCGAACAACCGCAGUUCGACAGGUUCGAUAGGGUAGUUGGUCCAUAAAAAAAAAGUACAUGAACAGUGCUACGCAUUGUUCGGCAGGGGCAUAUCGAACUUACAAAGUUCGAUAUGUCCCGCAUGAACAAUAUUGCACAGUGCUUGUUCUCCUUUUUUUUAAAAAAAUAUCACCUGUUGAACAACCGCAGUUUGUUUGAUAUGGGCCCCCGUUAAACUGCGGUUGUUCGACAGGAUGCUAAACUUGUGAUUUUCAACUUCUAUUUUUAUAAUUUUUCAUUAAAAUAAUAUUAUUGCUAAAAAAAUCAGAAAACUAAGCCACAUAUGUUGUUUAUAGUAUAUAAUCAAUUGAGCAGGUGGGCAGAACGAGCGAUUAGUCGCAUGCAUGAAAACCAUACUCAUGCAGUCCAAGCAACGACGAACACACAAUUAAGCAGACACGCCAUCAAAUUAACAACAACUCGAUCGAUCUCUAGCUAGCUUAUUUAUACCUGGCCACUCUCGCAUCUCCCUUUCGAUCGAGCGAGCGAGCGAUGGGGAGGUCGUCGGCGUGCUGCGACAAGGCGGCGGUGAAGCCGAAGCGCGGGGCAUGGACGGCGGAGGACGACGAGCGGCUGCGGUCGUACAUCCAGCAGCACGGCACCGGCGGCAACUAUGGCCUCCGCCGCUGCGGCAAGAGCUGCCGCCUCCGCUGGCUCAACUACCUCCGCCCCGGCAUCCGCCACGGCGCCUUCUCCGACCACGACGACCGCCUCAUCCUCGCCCUCCACGCCGCCGUCGGCACCAGGCCGGUCCUCCUCCUCGCCGCCCACCAGCUGCACGUUGCUAGCACCAGUAGCGGCGGCAUGCACGUCGGAGUCGGAGAAGAAGGACGCGGCUACGACGACGUCUUCGCCGCCGGUCAUUCGUUGUAGUCGACGGCAGCUACGAGCGGCGGCGCAACGGAGCUCGACGAGAUCUUCCGUUCCACCGGCACGAGCGGCGGCGAUUGUUCAUCAUCAGCUCAGAAUCGGAGCACGGACGACGCGCUGAUGAUGAUGAUGAAUUGGCACAACCACCAAAACCAGCUACAAUAUUUGCAAGGCAAAUUACAAACUGGUGUGCAGCAGCAGCAACUUGUAUUUGGCAUGCCUUACUGGUGAUAAUUAAUGUAAUCGUACAUUGAUUUACAGUUGAGAUGUUUUGAUUAAGUUUUCUCUUGUUAAUUUUCUUAAACCACCUGGCAUGCAUACGCAUUGUAUGUUUUAUGCAUAUGCACUAGUUAAUAAACUGUUAAUUAAUGUAGGUGUUUAAUACUACAUAAUACUUUUAUAUAUGUGUCCUAUAUAUAGUGAUGAGAUGAAAUGA